UAUGGAUAUUAGAUUAAGGCAACAAUCAGCCAUGACCUAUUAAGAAUACAUAAAUUAUUUUAAUAAAGAGCCAGAUUCCCCUAGAAUUCAGUAAUAAUGUAUUUAAAAAGGAUAGCCCCAAGGAUAGUCCAGUAGAACCUUUAUCAGAUUUAGAAUUGAGUCCUGUCUAAGAGAAGCAUCAAAAUAAGCUAAAAGUAUAGAGCUGUAAAGUUAUCAAAAUUAAUUCAAAACUAUGAUU